UUUUUUUUCAACACGCAAAUAGCAAACGUAAGCACGUACAAAAGAAUAUUCUUUAAAAUUUUGCAGACUUUUUUUUAUCUUUUUUGAAAUACAAAUUAUUUUCACAAAAAAAUUAAUUAAGCAGUUGCGCAUAUAUAUUAAAUUGCCAAAAAAUUUAAAUUGAGCUUCGACCAUGAAGCAGAUCAGCUCUUUGCAUAAACGCGGCUAUUUUCAGUUAUCCGAUGAGAAGUUUGUUAGAAGAAAGCCGAAAACGAAGGAAACCCAUUCAGAGCUGCAAACAUAUAAAUUCAAACCCUACACUGUUUGUAUGAAACAAGCGGAAUUCCAAGAACAGGAACUACCGAUAGUUUUUAAAGUCACGCCCGAUACGCUACUCAAUUUGGCCGCUAAGGUAGUGGACGCGUUGCCACUACCGAAAAUUUACGACUGGACGAAUGCGGAUUGCUGUAAGUGGAUGAGGGAAUAUGGUUAUCCAGAAUAUCAGAACACCUUACGUGUAAAUCUAAUAACAGGACGUAAGCUCUUGCUACUGGACGCGCAAGCUCUAAUCGCGAUAAAUAUUAAAAUAUUCUGUCACAUCCAACACAUUGCAGCUGGCAUUCGAGAGCUAUUUUUCUUCGAGAUGACGAAGUUUCUGCGAAGCAUCUCACUACCACCACAAUACUACUAUGAAAUGUACAAAUUAUUCAAGGUGAAGACUGGUUACCUUUACGACAUCACGCGACGAACUGAACUCUGGCGCCAACUGCAAAUGCUGCGCAAAAAUGAUGAGCCUACAACCCAUUGGGAUUUACUCGAACGUUGGCUUCAACUCAAACCGGCUACUGUGGAGCUGAUAGGUGGUGUGCGUCGUCGAAAUCUUUAUCGCUGUACAGUACCUUGCCAGGAAUCACCGGAAUUGGAAUCAUCUGAAAUUAGUUUCUGCAAAUGUCCUUCGAUUUGCACGUGUGAAUGGGCCGAAAUUAGUUACAAAAAACCAACGGUGUUGACGGUACUGCGUUCGCAUCGUGUAUCAGCGAUUGACAACCGUAUGAGCACCUGCAAGACCUGUCUGCCGCCCUGUACAUGUCAUUGGCCGAGCAGGUAUUUCAAAUCCAAUGAUCUUCUGCAAUGCUUGAAGAGAAACUUUCCGGUUAAAUAUGCUGCCGAUGUCAGAACAAAAUCUACUUAUGGUUCGAACGCUUAUAGGGCGAGUUUUGCAAGUUAUAGUAGUAACACCACUUCGGUGCGGUUGCUCACUCUUUAAGUGGUAAUGAAAAUUAUGAAUAAAUAAAUGACAAAGGUUCAAGCUCGUUUUGUCAGUGUACCUUCUUUAACUUCCUUAAA